AUGGCUAUCUACGGUGCUGUCCCUCCCCCGGAGGACUUUGACGCUUCGGCCGCCGUGGCCGCCGCCCCCGUGAUCGAGCCGAUUCCCCCGCCACCGACGCAGACCCCUCCCGCCCCUCUCGAUCCCUCGCAGACAUCAACGACCGCAAUCGAUAUCGAAGCGUGGACAAUCUCGGCGCUGGAGUCCCUCAGCGUCAGCCCGAUCGCUCGCGGCACAGGGACACCGCUCGCCAUCAACAUCGACGAGCAGGUCAAGAAGACAUCGGUGACUAUCGCCACCGACGCGGCCGCCGUCCAGCAGCCGCCCAUCCGCAGGCCUCUGAGCCGAAGGGACAGCCAGAAGAAGCGAGAGCAGUUGCUGAAGGGUAACGAGGGCAGCCGGCAGCGUCGGAGAUGGGAGAAUGACCGUCUUGUCGGCGUCCCCAACGCCCAGCCUCCCCUCCCAAGCGACUGGGAAGUUCACCCCACAUACCCCGUCCAGGUCGUCCCCUACGAUAUUGCGAAGUUCUGGGACACCGGCCUCCGCCAGCGCAUUGAGGAUAAGACGGCCAAGCUGCAGGCUCAGCGCAAGAAGCAGCAGCGCAAGAACGGCUCGGCCACUGGUCUUGCUAUUGGCGAAGUCCCUCGCGACCUGCGUGAGACGGCCAAGCGCACACCUGCUGUUAAGGGCUGGGUGCGCGUUCUGGAGGAGCCUGUGAGGAACUUCCUGAAGGAGCGCAACGAGGAGAGCGAUGCGGAGGGCGACUCUUCGGACGAGGAGAUUGUCUUUGUCGGGCGCAAGGGGAUGAGUGCCGCUGGCAAGGGCUGGAAGAAGGCGAGACGUGAGGUUGGCAGCGAGGAGGUUGACACAGGCAUGGUCUUUGAUUCACUAGGCGACGAUGAGGGUGCCUCCUUCAAGCGAUGGCUGACGCACUCCAUCUCCGACUACUAUGGCCUCGAGUCCCGGUCUGUCACAACCGGCAACCCCGAGCGCCGCGUAGUUUAUGUUACAGUGAAGGAGACGAGCAAGCACUCCGGCCCACGCAAGCACACAGUCUUGCCACGCCCGUUGUGGGAGAUGUGCUGA